GUCUCCGGUCACAUCACAUCCUUCCCUCGCUGCUUUUUUGGUUGAAAGUCCGGUUACUUACGGUGUCCUUUAUACUUUAUGUCAAGACGUUGAUGUACUACGUACAUAUCUUUUCAAAAGUGGACUUUUGGGCGAUUUCAGUGGAACUUGCGACAAGUGUAGUGUGGGAACCGUCAGCCUCGUUAAAGAGGAAGACAGUUUCGUGUGGCGCUGCAGCUUACGUACGUGUCGUAAAAGAAUCUCGAUACGGAACGGCUCUUUCUUCUCCCGCUCACACCUUGAUUUCGGCACAAUCCUCCAAUUAAUUUAUGGCUGGAUCCACGAGCUACCACAGGCCUUUAUGAAAAUGACACUUCAGAUCGGUUCACCUAACACCAUGGUAGACUGGUAUAAUUUCUGCCGGGAAGUCUGUAUCGACAUUCUGGUUCAGGACAAUCGCAAAAUCGGUGGACCCGGCCACAUUGUUGAAAUUGACGAGUCAAAGUUUGGCAAACGUAAAUUCAACAAAGGUCGGCGUGUUGAUGGUUGUUGGGUUUUAGGUGGAAUAGACCGUGAAACAAAGGACACGUUUUUCCAAAUCGUUCAGGACUGAUCGGCCGAAACCCUGCUUCCCAUCCUCAUUGGAAAUAUUCACCCAGAUUCAAUCAUUAUUUCAGACUGUUGGAAAUCAUACACAACACUAAGUAAGCACUUAAAUAUCAAUCACUCUUUACACUUAGUCGAUCCAACCGACAAAAACAUACACACCAACACUAUCGAAUCUACAUGGCGGGUUUUAAAAAGAAACGUUUUGCCUCGGAGUGGUACGGUGAAAUCUCUGUACCCUUCGUAUUUUUCUAUGUAUUGCAUUAAAAAACGAUACUUUAAUAACAGUGGUUGCCCGUUCAAAACAUUCCUCGACCUCAUUAAACGCACUUACCCAUUAAAGAAAGCAGAGGCAACGCCAAGGAAAAUCCGUCCUUUGUCCCGCAGUACUCCUCAACCUCAACAAACCCGUGACCGCGGUGUUCAAACCGAAAUGUCGGUGGUAGACGUCCCGCCCUCAGUCUGAAGGCCCAGAAUCGCCCUACCAGAAUUCUCCGACUCUAAUGACAUGUUAGAUUUUCAAGUGUAAGAAUGGUGAAGCCACUGGAAUUACUGAGGAUGGCAGUAAUGUCACUGCUGAUUUUACAAGAGUCAUCAGCGACCCAUCCAUUCUAUCAAGCAUUCAGCCCAUUGAGAGAAGCCUUUGGCGAUGGGGUAUUCGAUCUGAAACCCUCUCCUGAUUCUGGGGCCUUGUACACAUCUCAAAGUUCAGAAGCUACUAGCCCUUUGGGAGCCUUAUUCAGGGAAGAAUAUGACAAGGCAGACCUUAGGCAUAAUUCUGCAACUCUGAACUCAGCAGGAAUCCAGCUGGAGACUUUUAGCAGUAUAAGACCUCAGCAGGAGACUUUGAGCAGGACGGCAGCUCGGCAGGAGGAUUUGAGCAGAAUAGGAGCUCAGCAGGAGACUUUGAGCAGUAUAGAAGGUCAGCAGGAGACUACAAGCAGAAUAGGAGAUCAGCAGGAGACUUCGAGCAGAAUAGGAGGUCAGCAGGAGACUACAAGCAGAAUAAGGGCUCAGCAGGAGACUUCAAUCUCAACAAGAGAUCAUCAGCAAGCCUCCGGUUCCUUAAACCUGGGAAAAUCUGCCUUUAAUUUAGAUACAUUCACCUUCAACAGGAAUAACACGAGAAGAAGAGACGAUAUAUUCAGCGCACUGGCUGACGUUGAAGUAGACCUUCCAGAGGAAUCAGAAACUGCAGAAGACGAACAUUUGAGAGUCAACACAAUUUCUGGAAACAGAAUUCCCCCAAAAUCACAAGAGGGUGAUGACCACAGGACGGCCAAUGACUUCACCAAGAAAAUCCUUUCCGUCGUGAAGAAUGUAGAAAAUGUCCUAUCGACAAUGUCCUUCAUGAAGAACCUUUACCAUACUAAGAAGGCCGGCAUGUCAUUAUUAUCCUCAUCAUCAUCAUCUUCACUUUCUACACCCACCGAAACAUCCUCAAUCCUAGAUGUACUUCUGGACGUACCUUUGUUGGAGAGCCUUCGGACUGUUGGACUGACAGCAAGAACUGAGAGGGAUUUCUUAGACCACAUGGCUUCUGUUCUUGUAGGGGCUGAGUCUAGAAGCUCUACCCUCACACUCGAUCCUGUUACGGUCAUCGCCCUCUUGACUCUUGCGGCGUACUUGAUCAGAGCGGUAUACGAGAUUAUAACGGUGACUGGACGUUCCCUGGAUGGAGACCUUGAAAGUCCUGCUUUCUCUGACCUUCCUGAGGCCAUUACAAAAAUUCACAAUUGGAUCUCCACCACUAACGUUGAUGUUGUUGGAGAAGGAAAUGUCACUAAAGAUGUCAAGGACAACCUCGAUGUCCCAGGGGACUUGGCAGCCGUUCUUAAACUACACCGUCAGGGUAACCAUUCUUGCGUCAAGGAAUUCCUGUGCCAAAGCCUUCAGUACAGGCCACUGAAGAUGUUGAAACUUUCUGACAUGAUGAUAGGGUGGAUAAGUUACUUCUAUGGAGAUCCAACGGUGAGCCACCUCAUUGACAGCGCACUGGAGGACAGCAACACCUGCAGUGGCAGCACCCAUCACACCUGCUCUCCUGGCACAUUAAUUGAAAUAAGUCAACUGAGGUCCAUCUUUUCCAGUUUAACAGAAAAACUUGUGGGACUUGUGGAUACUUACCAGAAUUCAUUGUAAGGCUUUUACAGUAUUACAGCACCGUAAUCUUGACUUUCUUCAUUAACGUUGGUUCCCACUUGCAGAUUAUUAAUGUAUACUGUACAGCUAUAUGUAGAUUAGUACUGUAAAUGUUCUACAGGAACAUUAUCUUCUCAUCAUUGAGCUUUAGGCUUGAAUAUUACUUCUCAAUGUUUUUAUUAUUUUGACAUGUCCACUUUCUCUCUUCAUCUUCAUAGUUUGUGGGUUGCCUUGGAUUAUUUUUAGGCAAUUAAAGUUAUCACAGUCACAAUGUGACUGGUCUGGAGGAUAAAGAUUUAAUGGAUAGAAAGGGAAUUGAAGUACUGUAUUUAAUUAUUACUUGUGAAUAUUGAAGAAUGUGUUGAUAUCAGAGCUAAGGAAGCCCACAAAUGAUGCAGGUUUUUAUAAAAGUAGUUUUGAUGGGCUGAAGAAAAAUCAGUCGGUAGCAUUAGUUGUCAGUACUAUAGAGGAUCUUAUUUUUCAUUGCUAAAAAUAUGUUGUAUUAAUAAAAAUCUCUUAUAGCCUAAGCAGUUAAACUGUAGUUGCUUAUAGUGAUAUUGGUGCUAAACAAGUAAAACAUAUACAGUACAUAUUUUCUUUGGAGAAGUAUUUAACUGUGAAGGGAGCAUGUGCAAUUUUUACUUUCAUUCAGUGUAUGUAGUGUAAAUAUUUUUAAGUACUUCAUUUUAGUUUUGCUAUAUAGGGCAUUAUAAUUGUGUCAAAGGGCAAUUAUGUAGUAUAAUAUCAAAUCUAAGAGUUAAGAGUUUUGCAGCUUUUGUACAGAAGGCUUUGGUUACAUACACUUUAACAAUGGUUACAGGCCAAAGAUGAAAAGCCCCAACACAGUAUUUGUGAAUUUCUAAACCCUGUAGAAAAAUUGUUUUUUUUUUAUCCUGGAAUUUAAUAUUAAUAUUCUGCUGAAUUCUUUUAGCCAUUAAAAUGCUUAGUAUUGCUGUAUUUGUAAAAUUUUAUGUAAGUGAAAUACUGUAACUGUUUAUUGGUAAAUAUUGUAUCUCAUUUUACUGAACUAAAGUAUAUUUAUGAUGAUAUGUAAGUAAGUGUUUGUGGAAUGUAAAUAUAUGUUUUGUCUGUAAUA